UAGAGUGAAUUAUACUUUUAUGAAUAGCUCCAGGCUUAUUGAACCAUCAUAAAAGAAAAAUGACAACACACAAAUUGAAACUACUCCAUUUUGUAAGGAGCGGCCCUGUAACUGUUUGAAUGUCUGUUUGGCUAGCGUGAAGCUCCGAACUUGUCUCUAAUCAGAAGUGGAGAAGCUCCGAUUGCAGGUAUAAAAGAGGUAUACAUGCAUACAUGAAUCUUUAAUUUCCGUUUUGGGAAAUUCUACAUAUAUAAUUCUGCAAAUCUGUCAUCAUCUAUACAUUUACACACAAACGCACAAUCGCCUCGCCUCAUAUUCCAAUUCAAUUCAAUUCAAUUCAAUUCAACACAUCCAUAUAUAUAAAGCAUCGUAUGUAUCUGACCUGCAGACAUAAUCUGAGGAAGGAAUUGAAUUGAAUCAUAUAUAUCGUUAACGAGGAGCAUCCAUCUGGAAUUGAAGUAUUGAAGAUCGAAGAUGGAGAUGCGAUCGUGGUGGAUCUGGAAAUGCUAUUUGAUUGUGUUGAUGUUGUUGAGAGGCAGUAAUGGCGUGGAGAGCUUCGUAGGCAUGAACUGGGGCAGAUACGCGACGCAUCAAUUGGUGGCGUCGUCGGCGGUGGAUUUGCUGCUUCAGAACGGGAUUUCUGACGUCAGAAUAUUUGCGCCGCGGCCUAGCGUUUUGGUGGCCCUCGAAGGGAGCUCCAUCGGCGUCACCGUCACCUUGUCCAGAGACUUCAUUCUCAGAGACAAAUUUAUGUCCGAUCUCCAGAACGGUAGCGGCUGGGUAGUUGAACUUAUUCUGCCACCCAUUCAAAGAAAAGUCAACAUUACGACUGUGAUAGUAAUGCAGCAACCAUUCGUGAGUCCAAAAAGCCUUCCUAUUAUAUGGAAUCUGACCGAUGUGUUCAAAGAAACACGGUGGGCCUUGGAUAGUUACAACCUCUCCCACGUCAGGACCACAACCUCCCACUAUAUCGACAUCAUAAAGGUCGCGAAAACGCCGUCGGAUGCCGAAUUCCGUGACGACAUCAAGGACAAGAUGCCGGAGCACUUGGAACAAAUCGCCAAAACCAAUUCCUUCUUCACCCUCGACAUGUACCCGCUAACCGCCACCGAGACCUAUAAAUGGCCCGUGGAGUUUGGAUUCAUGGACAACAAAUCCAACUUCACUAUCGUGGACGGCAAGUAUACAUAUAGGAACGCGUUCGCGUUCCUGUACGACUCGCUGGUGGUGGCGAUUGAGAAGGCGGGGUACCCGGACAUGGAGAUCGUGGUGGGGCAGAUCGGGUGGCCCACCGACGGCAACAAGGACGCCACGCCGGAAAACGCCUCCAGGUUUUACAAGGGGUUUAUCCCGCACAUAGUGAACAAGAAAGGGACUCCUCGCCGCCCCAAUAAAAACAUAGAUGCCUAUCUCUACACUCUCAGCGACGAGAAUAAAAUUAGUCUCCCCGCGUACGGGCCCUACAUCCGCCACUACGGGAUCUACGAGUACGACGGGACCCCCAAAUUCGAGAUCGACUUCUCGGGGAAAGGCCGGAAAGUGAUUCCCCCCGCGGCUAAGGGGACCGUGAAGUUGCCUCUCCGGUGGUGCGUUUUCAACGGCAAUUUAAGCAACCCGAAGUACGCGGAGGAUCACAUGCAAUUCGCGUGCAAUGUCUCGGACUGCUCGUCCCUACAGCCCGGCGGGUCGUGUAGCAAGCUCAACUUCACUUCUCGCGUCUCCUACGCCUUCAACGCCUUCUAUCAACUGGGAACGCAAGACAAGCUGGAAUGCGGCGGGUAUAGUGGGAUGGGUGUCAUCACCAUGGCUAAUCCCUCCGUCGGCGGUUGUAAAUUCCCGGUCCAAAUUUUGACGGCGGAGGCGGUGGAUGACGGCCGCCAAUUGUUUUACAAUAAUAUAGAUUACGCUAGAGAUAGUGGUACUACUAGCAGUGCCGCCCCAUUCAACCUCUCUUUAUCACUCUCUAUUGCUCUCCUGUUCUUUGUAACCAUUCUGCUUGCUGUCAACAGAUGAUACAUGAUGAUGAAAUUUCUCCACUUUUGUUCAAUUAUUAAUUUCCCUACUA